AUGAUAAUCAAAGAAUAGUAAGUUACUUUUACUUUUUUAUUGUUAUACGUUUAGUCGGGUGGUAUUGCCCAUGUCAGUGGAAGAAUACCAAGUAGGACAGUUGUUUUCUGUGGCUGAAGCAUCGAGGAACGAAACUGGGGGUGGUGAAGGUGUAGAGAUUCUCAAGAACGAACCUUUUGCCAAUUUUCCGUUGUUUGAUGGUAAAUACGACAAUGGACAAUAUACCCACAAAAUUUACCAUUUACAAUCGUAAGUCCUUGAUUUUUAAAGGUUUUUAGGUUGGUUUUGUGUAUUUUUUAUUAGGCAUAGUUAAAGAGUUCUUUUAUUGUAUUUUUAGGUACAAUUUAGGUUUUUAGGUACCUUUUAGCUAAAACGUUUUAUUGGCUUAUAAUAAUACUUUUAGGAAAGUACCGUCGUUUUUGAGGAAGAUUGCUCCAAAAGGAUCUCUGGCCAUUCACGAAAAAGCAUGGAACGCUUAUCCAUAUUGUAGAACAGAACUUAGUGUGAGUUAAAAUGUUUUGUGUUUUUUGACGGAUUAUACCCACAACUACAAGUAUUUUAAAGGCUGAUUUGUGAAUUAUUAUUUUUUCAGAAUCCGGAUUACAUGGGAGACAAUUUCUUUGUUCGAAUAGAGACUAUCCAUCUUAACGACCGAGGGCAGAACGCAAAUGUAAGUUGCUAAAAUUUAAAAUUUUUCAUGAGUUUAGUUUAAUUGGCAUGCAUAUUGAUACCAUUCAGAGAUAUCAUUUUUGUGUAAUGAACCAUAGUGUAAACUUAAAACCGCAGCACAAUAACUAUUUACCUAAAUCUAUGCCUUUAGGCUCAUCAACUGAAACCGGAAGUUUUGGCGAAGAGAGACCUUGUAGAUAUUAACAUUGCCAAUGACCAUGAAUUCUUGGCUACAGCUGAUGUGAAACCAGAAACCUCGCCGUCCAAGUUUUUGUCCGAGAAGACUGGUCGAGGAAAGUUGGAUGUGAACAGCUGGAGACAGACCGUGCAACCAGUUAUGUGUGCUUACAAAUUGGUCACGGUACACUUCAAGUGGUUCGGUCUUCAGAAUAUUGUCGAAAAUUUUGCUCACAAAGUAAGUCAUUUCUUAAUGAAACGUUUGACAAUAUUAUCUUUAUUAUUUUUGUAAGGACUAUAUGAGUAUAACGAGAUUUUUAUGGAAUUCGGUUAUUUUCUGUUAGAAAAUAUUCAUAAUUUUGUUUCAGCAAUAUCCUCGACUGUUUUCAAAGUUCCAUCGUGAAGUAUUCUGCUGGAUUGACCGAUGGUACGGCUUGACGAUGGCAGAUAUUCGAGAAUUAGAGAUGCUGGCCCAAAAAGAGUUAGACGAAGUAAGUGAGAUUUCGCGUGGGUUUGUUAAUGAAAUUGCUUUAGUAUUAGUGCAAAUGAUAUAUUUUUUGUUAAUUUUUCUACAUUACCAGUAUUAUUUACAUUGUUUUAAUUUAAGGCACGCAAAACGGGUCAAGUGCGUGGAAUGACGGUAUCAUCGUGA